CCGGUAGUGCAGCGGUGGCGGCUGCGGCGGUGGCUGCCACGGAGGGGCGCCCCGGCAGCUGGGGCUCGGGAUCGCUCCGAGCGCCUGAACCCCGUCCGCACCGCCUCCUCCUCCGUCGCUGCGGACGGCCGCAUGAGUCGAGGGACCAUGCCUCAGCCCGGAGCGUGGUCGGGCGCGAGCUGCGGCGAGACGCCGGCGCGGGAGGGCGGGAAGGCGGCGGCCGGCGGGCAGCCCCGGCCCGCGAUGCGGUGCCCGGCCGAGCCCGAGGAGGACAUGUACCGUGCUGCAGAUGAAAUAGAGAAGGAGAAAGAAUUGCUUAUACAUGAAAGAGGGGCAUCAGAACCCAGAUUAAGUGUGGCUCCUGAAAUGGAUAUCAUGGACUACUGCAAAAAAGAAUGGAGGGGAAAUACACAGAAAGCAACCUGUAUGAAAAAGGGCUAUGAGGAGGUUUCUCAGAAAUUCACCUCCAUAAGGCGAGUCCGUGGUGAUAAUUACUGUGCACUGAGGGCCACACUGUUCCAGGCAAUGAGCCAGCUGGCUGCGCUUCCCCUCUGGCUGCAGGAUCCGGAGCUCACGCUGUUACCUGAAAAACUGAUACACAAAUACAGCUGGAUCAAGCAGUGGAAACUUGGGCUGAAAUUUGAUGGGAAGAGCGAGGACCUGGUUGAAAAAAUUAAGGAAUCCCUCACCUUGCUAAGGAAGAAGUGGGCAAGCCUGGCUGAAAUGAGAACUGCUGAAGCAAGGCAAAUGGCUUGUGAUGAACUGUUCACAAAUGAAGAAGAGGAAUACUGCCUCUAUGAAGCUGUAAAAUUUCUAAUGCUAAACAGAGCCAUUGAACUAUAUGAUGAUAAAGAGAAGGGAAAGGAAGUACCAUUUUUCUCUGUGCUCCUGUUUGCUCGGGACACAUCGAAUGACCCUGGACAGCUACUGAGGAACCACUUAAACCAGGUGGGACACACUGGUGGCCUUGAACAGGUUGAAAUGUUCCUUCUUGCCUAUGCUGUGCGCCAUACCAUCCAGGUGUACCGGCUCUCCAAGUACAACACUGAAGAGUUCAUUACAGUCUAUCCCACUGACCCACCCAAGGACUGGCCGGUGGUCACCCUCAUCGCUGAGGAUGAUCGGCACUAUAAUAUCCCUGUCAGAGUAUGUGAGGAGACAAGUCUGUGAGAGACUCACCUGCCUGGACAGUCUGAGGACAUGGCAAAAGUGCACAGGCAGCUCCUCAGCUUGGGCCUCAGGCCUCUGCUGGUCUCUAAGAACAGUCUGUGAGAACUCUUGGGCCCCUGGGAGCCAAGUUGGACUGGGGUGUUCUGAAGACUAACUUUUCAUAAUAAGAACAACUGUUUUCCCUUAUCUGGGACCCAGUGUGUUUCAUUGGGACCUUCAGAGCAUACCUUUGGAAAGUGCAUACUGCAUUUCCAUAAAGCAAAUACUUUUGUAUUAGAGGAAACUCAUUUUGAAGAAUAUAUUCAUGUCUCAAGUCAAAAUUCUCUCUAUUGGUAAACUGGCUUUUAAGUUUUAAGAUGGUAAUUUUUCUUUGGUGGAAAUGGGUGUCUGUAGUGAUCAUUCUAUGCAGUCUGCUUAAGUGGUAUAAUUCUGGGAGAUUUGUUAAUGGCACAGUCAUACCAUGCUCUGAUAUUCUCAUCUUCUUAUGGAGGGAUGAGCAGUGAUUCGGACUUAAAUAUUAAGUAAUGCUAUUUUAAGCAGAUGGUCUCAUAGAAGAUGAAGAAUUGGGCCCCAGAGUGGGUUGUUUGGAGGCUUUUUUCAAGUUUGGAGGAGAUACAGUGGAAUCUAGUGACUGUUACAGGUGUCUACUGUCCCCAAUGUUCCAGAGUCUGGGACAUGGUACAGGUCCCUAUUAGCAUGGAUGAAUGUUUCUUGUAGUUGUACUCCAGUGUCAGGGGCUGUUAAUUAUUCUAAAGUUCCAAAGAGUCACAGUUUUAUAGUUAAAACAGAGUUUAUAUCCACCCAUGUGUUUAGAGGAGGAAUCUAAGGUCAUAUGAUUUCAGUCACUGCUCAGAGUUCAGAGGUGGGGACAAGCUGGGCUCCUGAUCUUCUCUUGCCCUUUUCAUGCGGUGUUUAAGGGUAGCAUCAUUGCCAGAUCCAUGUAAUGGGCUGAUACCCUGUCUGCUGGCAGGGGAUAAAUAACAGCAACCAACCUGAGAUUUUUCCUGAGCAAGCUAAAGCAACAGUGUGCAGAAGGGUGGCUGAGCCACAUGUGUCCUUGAUUUGGCUUGGGCGGCCUGAGAAAAGCAGUGAUGACCUGCUGGGCACAGGCGAGGUGUUUACUGGAGCUGCUAAAGGGGACAGUGCUGCUGAGCUGGUCUGCAAGGGAUGUGUACUGUGGUCAUUGUUCAUGUGAACCAGACACAUCACUCUUCAGUAUUCUUUUGGCGGCACCUGAAUUGGCUCAACAUUUGUGGAGUUGAUGUUUCCUUCAAGUACUGAGCUUAUUUUAUAAUAAUUAAAAUCUAUUUGAUCUAAUUUAA